CGCGCUUCAUGAUUUGGCCAUGUUUUUGGUCUCUUUUAUGCUAAUAUAGCUUCACUCUGAGCAAGACUCUGGAUAAGGGACCAAUGAUAUCUGGAUAUAGUCUAUAAGAAUCUCUUGGAAAAUUGUAAUUAUUCUAGACUACAUCGCCAUGCAGUACUGCGGCUCAGAAAGUAUUGGAAAGUUACGCAAAGGCAAGAGUAAACCCUAGAAAAAAUUGGCGUUUAUUCAACUGUCGAAUUCUAUUUCAAGCAGAUGACUAUGGAAGCUGUGAAAACUUUUUGGAAAUGAUGACCGUAGAUAAUAUGUCGGAAGAAGAAGAUUAUGAAGUUGAAGAUGAUGUUGUAGUAUCAGAACAUCGAGAAAAUGAAUCGAAAUUGAUCAGUGGAGAAAAGUCAUCCAAUGUUGUUGAAACUGUUGAAAUACAAACCAAUGAUGCUGUCCUAGAGGUGCCAUCAAUUGAUGUUCCAGAGCCUGCUAUAGAAGUGGAACAUGAAACAGUUAAAGUCACCAAAGUUUAUCAAUUGUUCCCAUCUAUUAAAACAGAACAAACAACUUCUACUGAGCAAGAGUUGGUGCAGUCACCACCAACUGCCCUCCAGGAACCAUCUGUGUUUGCAAGAAAAAUAGAAGCCACCACCAAUGUCGAUCAAACCUCUAUUGCUAAAGAGUCAGACUGUAUACCUGCUUCACAACAAGAAAAAUAUGCAGUUACCUGUGUUAUUAUUUCUGACCCCUCGCAAGAUUGGGAACCUGGCCUUAUUCCUGGUUCUCAAGAAGUUUCUGAUCUUGAAUAUGUAUCCCAAAUGGGACGAUUAUCAGAUAUUCAUCCAUCUCAUCAAUUCUACAGUAAAAUUAAAAAUUGCAACAAAAAGAGAGCUACAGAAGAAGAACAGAUUGUGAAAAAUGGUAUGGGGAAGCGGUUGAAAAAGCUGAAACGGCCUUGUUUGUAUUGUGGUGAAUUUCAAACUCGACUGAAGCGACAUUUGGAAAGAAUCCAUGCACAGGAAGAUGCAGUAAGAGAAGCUCUGGGGGUAGAUGGGGAAGAAAGAAUUAGAAAAUUCAAUCUCCUACGCAAGGAGGGAAUAUAUAAACAUAACUUAAAAAUGAUAAUGGAAAACAAACCUAUAGGAAUUGAAAAACGAAACAAGGGUCAUAUAGAUUUAGCUUGUAUCAAAAUAUGUGUUUUGUGCCGUGCAUUUAUUAGACGUAAAAAUUUCAAAUAUCACCUGAAAAAUUGUCCAAUGUUGAAAACACCGAAACGAAAAAAGAACAACAGUGUGCCUGAUUUCGUUUCCUGCACAAAUGAAAAUAAGGAUCCUGGACUGCCUAGUCUUUCAAACCUAUUUCAAAUUGCUGAUGAACAAAAUUCAAGCAAAACUCACAAAGAAACAAAAUGUUUGACCAAAAACCAGGAUUCGGCUAAAUCAGUUGUAGCAGGGAAAGGGUCAAUUUCACCUCAAACUGCUAGUAAGGAACCUGAAUCGAACUCAGAAUGCAAAGAACUAAAAGUGAAUAAUAACCAUCAAUUGGCAUUUGUAGAAUCAGGGUGUGAGUCUGGUUUACAAGACGAAUGUGCAGUCAAUUGUGAUGAUGUGGUUAAUGAUUCCUCACCAGAUUCUGGCAUAAACAUUACUCCUAAUUCUCCUGCAGCUCGUGAUACUGUUCAUGAUUUUCAAUUGGUUAGAAUAUCUGAAACUCAUUCACUUGUUCGACCCAGCAACGGAAUUAAAAAGAAUGAGGUUAAACCACAAGGAGAAAAGAAAGUGAUGAGAAAAAAGCCAAAACGACCAUGUUGUUAUUGUGGUAAAUUACAAGCCAAAUUGAAGCGACAUUUGAAAGCAAUGCACGCUCAAGAGGAUGCAGUUAAAGAAGCUUUGAAGCUAGAUGAAAAAGAAGAAUUCAGAAAGUUUGAACUUUUGCGUAAGAAGGGGAUAUAUCAGUAUAAUCUUAAAUUGAUUAAAGAAAACAAGCCCAUCGCAGUUGAAAAACGGCAAAAGAACCACCAAUUGGCCUCUUUUAAAGUAUGUGUUUUAUGCAAUGCAUUCAUUGGUCGGAAACAAUUUGCAAGUCAUCUGAAGCGUUGUUCGAAUAUUGGAUACACAGGAGAAAAGGACAAAAGUUGUGCACAUGCCUCUGAUCUGGCCAUAUAUGAAAACCGGAAAGGGGAUACUGGAUGUCAUGGUGUUCUCGAUGAAUUUCAUAACGAAGGCAAAGGCAGUUUGUGUAAAAGCAUACCAAACGAGAAAUCAGUCUUAUCUGGACAAGAACAAUGCGAGAAAAAAGAAGUCUGGAAGAAUUUGAAAAAACCAAAACGACCUUGUGUUUAUUGUGGUAAAUUACGAGCUCGGGUGGAGAGACAUUUGCAUACAAUCCAUGCACAGGAGGAUGCAGUAAAAGAAGCAUUAAAGUCAAAUAUAAAAGAAAAAAUGAGGAAAUUUGAUCUUUUGCGCAAGGAAGGAAUAUACAGGCAUAAUUUGAAAAUGAUUAAAGAAAACAAACCAAUAGAGGUCGAAAGACGCCAAUAUAAAUCUCAAACAGAUUUAGACAGUUUUAAAAUAUGUGUUUCAUGUCAUGCGUUUAUUGCUAGUAAUGGUAUCUCGGGUCAUAUGAAGAAUUGUUCAUCUUUGAAAUCCUCUGUUGAAAAUAAAUCUAAAUGUUUGUUACCUGCCUCUGUUCUCGCCCAACAGCGAAAUGAAAAUGAUGUAGUUCUAUUUAUAACAACUACAGACUCUUCUACUCACAAAGAUGACAUAGGCGAGAAUACAUCAGAGCGGAACUCACUACCAGAGAAAUUGGAGGGUGUUCGAAAAUGUUCAGGUUCAAAGUCCUAUUUCCGGUGGACAAAAGAUGAUCAGCAGAAAGUGUUCUCGUAUUUCAAAGAAGCAGUAUGGGAUUUGUCUGAGCGAGGAACGAAAGGAUCAUUACCUGGAAAAUGCGAGAUAGAGAACUUCUUACGCAAAUAUCCAAAACUUUUUAAAGAUCUAGAGCCGAACAAGAAGAUAUCUGUUGUUAAAGCGAAAAUUUUUAAUGAAAGAACGAAGUUUCGUGAAAACCACUUUAUGAAAUAAACGAUAUCGUAUGACUCUCCUCCAA